AUGAUUUGGCAGUUCAUAAAACGACAUCGGCGAAAACUUUUUCUUAUAUCAUUACUCUCAGGAGGUGGUUACGCGGUAUUUCGUUUUAUAAAUGGGAAAUUAACAACAAUGUUAGAUGACCAAGAUAAAAUGAUGACGGAGUGGAAAAAGCAACUCUAUUAUGAACAUAAUCGUGAUACAAGUUUAAGAACGAGUACCGAUAUAUUUGCACAAGUUGUACUUAACAUUAAUCUUAGAUUUCAAUGUGAGAAUAUUCUUGAUAGAUUAUCAACAAUAUCCGAUUCAACGGAAAAACGUGAAAUGUGGGAACAAUUACGAGUUGAAUGUUUCGCUCGUUUAUUUACUUUGGCUUACAGUUCAAGUUUUGUAUUGGCUUUAACUGAAUUAGUUGUUAGUGCUUUAAGCGGUCGACUUUAUUCUCAAUCUCAAUUACAGCAUGUAUCAAUCAGGGAACACAAUAUAACAACAACCGCUGGUGGAAUAUCAGCAACAAGUAAAUCAUCACACGCUGAAUCGACUCAUGAUCAAAGUUCAUUACUUUCACGGGAUAUUCAAUUAGCUUGUCUCGAUGUUAUUCGUUAUACAACAGAUGCAGGAAUGAACAAUUUAAUUGAGGAUGUUCGCAAAGCUACUCAAUCAAUUCUUUCACGAGUUUCGCUUCAACAAAUGCUUGAUAUAAAUGAUAUUAUAUGGUAUUGCAGUGAAAUUCGUCAUCAAAUUGAAAAGAAACGUUAUCAAUCAAUAAAUAAUCAUCAUCCAUUACUUAAAUAUGUUCGUUCAACUGCAUUACCAGCACGACCAUCGCAACCAACAACAACAUCAGGUUAUUCAUUUUCCAAUGCUGUAACAACACCUAGCUCCAUACUUACGAAACGAACACAUUCACCAUCAUCAGUUUUUAAUGUUCAACAACAAUUUGAAAUUGAAUGUAUUGAAAUGAUUGAAAGUGAUACAUUUCAACGCGUAUUGAUCCAAAUAAUUGAUCAAAGUUUUUCAAAUAUUUACGAUGCGUUUGCUCGAGAAAUGGCUAAAUCCUCAACAGUGACAGUUAAUUCGUCCAAAAAUCAAUUACAUGAUCCAACAGCAAUUAUAGAAGUUCAAAUACCGUUUGCUAAAAUAAUUCCAAUAAGUAACAACAUUUAUUCAGAAUUAUCAAGCCAUCAUGAACAACUUAUGCUUCAUUUUCAGAGUCUUGCAUGUCGACCAGAAUUACAUGAAUAUACAAAGUAUGCAUAUGAUCUAUUCUCCAAUGAGUCAUUACAACCAGCAACUCGUGCAGCUUAUUCAUUUUUGCCAUUAGCAUCAUCAUCAUCUUUACAAUCUAGUUUAUCAUCAUUUCUACAAUCAUUGAUGUCUCCAUAA